AUGCUUUGUGGGAUGGCAACAGCCACCUCCAGUCCCUAUCUAGCCAACAGCAGGAUUCUAUCCGGCCCGGUCCUUCACUCUGACCGGAGGGGUGGUGGCAUGCAGCCGGGCAGCACCGCCGGGACCACGGUUUCCAGUGGAUACAGAGGGGACCCGUCGGUGAAGAUGGUGCAGAGUGACUUCAUGCAGGGAGCCAUGGUGGCGAGCAACGGGGGCCACAUGCUCAGCCACGCUCACCAGUGGGUCACGUCGCUGCCGCACGCCGCAGCCGCAGCAGCCGCAGCCGCGGUGGCAGCAGUCGAGGCCGGCUCCCCGUGGCCGCCCAGCUCCCAGGCGCAGGAGGUGAAGAGAAACGGCGGCAGGGAGGACCUCCACCCGGGCUCCGCUCUGCACCACAGGUCCCCACAUCUGGGUCCCCAUCAGACGCACCCGGGAAGUUGGGGGGGCUCCUCCGCGGCGCACAUCGGCCUCUCCGAGGGUCAGCAGCAGCAGCAGCAGUCCCUCAUCUACUCCCAGCCCGGCGGGUUCACUGUCAACGGGAUGCUCGGCUCACACGCCGGGCAGAGCCUCAUGCACCCGGGGCUGGUGCGCGGCCAGUCCCCGGAGCUGGACCACGGCAGCCAGCACCACCACCAGCAUCACCACCACAAUCACCACACACACCACCACCAGCAUCACGGUGUGAACCACGAGCCGCACUCAGACGAGGACACGCCGACGUCGGACGACUUGGAGCAUUUCGCCAAACAGUUCAAACAGCGACGGAUCAAGCUCGGUUUUACGCAGGCGGACGUGGGCUUGGCGCUGGGCACCUUGUACGGCAACGUGUUCUCCCAGACCACCAUCUGCAGGUUCGAGGCGCUGCAGCUGAGCUUCAAGAACAUGUGCAAGCUGAAGCCUCUGCUCAACAAAUGGCUGGAGGAGGCCGACUCCACGACCGGGAGCCCGACCAGCAUCGAUAAGAUCGCCACGCAGGGCAGGAAGAGGAAAAAGCGCACGUCCAUCGAGGUGAGCGUAAAAGGCGCGCUGGAGAGCCACUUCCUCAAGAGUCCCAAACCCUCCGCGCAGGAGAUCACCUCCCUGGCGGACUCUCUGCAGCUGGAGAAGGAGGUGGUCCGGGUCUGGUUCUGCAACCGCAGGCAGAAAGAGAAGCGCAUGACGCCACCUGGACUCCCGCGCACCCCGGAGGACGCGUACUCGCAGGUGGGCAGCAUGGGUCCCGACACUCCGUCCCCCUCCAUAGACUGCAAGAGGAUGUACAGCGACACGUGA